AUGAGAGGGAGCCGCCAUUACCUCUCCUCUUCUUUUACCUUGCUCUCUUCCUCUCCCUCACGGCUGUACCCUCACCACAGCCCAAACCGCAGCUCACUACAACCCAAACCGGAAUCGGCAGCCACGCUGCCCUCCUCUGCGAGCAGCCCCAAGCAGCAAGCAAGCAGGCUGCGUGCCUUUCUCCUCCCAUCAGCAGUCAGGCUGCUUUGUGCCGCCAGCAGGAGCAGCCGCACUCGGUGCUUCCUCCACCAUCCCACACAGCGCUGGUUCACCACCACCACAACCUUAUCCACCUCUUCACCAUUUUUUACUAAUUUUAACUUUGUGGCCAUUUCGUAAGAGGAAAAUAGAGCCUUAGUUGGGGUGAUUUUGUGACUUUUGAUCGUGCAACGGCGCUUACAGCAGGGGAUUAUAGACAAGCGUAGCAGGGGUUGUGUUAUGGCUUCUGAAGCUGCCAAUUUGAAUUGCCUUGGAUGGGCUGCUAGAGAUCCGUCUGGGGUUCUAUCGCCUUACAAAUUUAAUCGCAGGGCUGUCGGAGCUGAUGAUGUUUCGAUAAAAAUUACACAUUGUGGAGUGUGCUAUGCGGAUGUUGUUUGGACGAAGAACCUUCAUAACGAUUCCAAGUAUCCUGUCGUGCCAGGCCAUGAGAUUGUUGGGAUAGUGAAAGAGGUUGGGCCAAAUGUUACGCGUUUUAAAGUUGGUGAUCAUGUCGGAGUGGGAACUUAUGUCAAUUCAUGUCGAAAUUGCGAGUAUUGUGAUGAAGGGAUGGAGGUUAGUUGUGCCAAAGGAUCGGUCUUUACAUUCAAUGGAGUCUAUGCUGAUGGUAGUAUCACGAAAGGAGGUUACUCUAGCUUCAUUGUUGUUCAUGAAAGGUACUGCUAUACAAUACCUGACAAUUAUCCAGCACAUUUGGCUGCACCAUUACUGUGCGCUGGAAUUACUGUUUAUGCGCCCAUGAUGCGUCAUAAUAUGAACCAACCCGGUAAGAGUCUCGGGGUGGUUGGGCUCGGUGGCCUUGGUCAUAUGGCUGUAUUGUUCGGUAAGGCUUUCAGCUUGAAAGUUACAGUUUUCAGCACCAGCAUAUCAAAGAAAGAGGAGGCCUUGAACAUCCUAGGUGCAGACGAUUUUAUCAUUUCUUCCGAUCAACAGCAAAUGAAGGCCCUUGCUGGAUCGUUGGACUUCAUAGUUGAUACCGCAUCAGGAGAUCACGAGAUUGAGCCAUAUUUGUGGCUUCUAAAGACUUGUGGUGCUUAUGUUCUUGUAGGGUUCCCGAGUGAAGUGAAGUUUAGUCCCGCGAGUCUUUUAUUAGGCAUGAAGACGUUCUCUGGUAGCAUAACCGGUGGUACUAAAGUUACGCAAGAAAUGUUGGAGUUCUGUGCGGCAAAGAAAAUAUACCCGAAGGUUGAAGUUAUCCCGAUUGAAUACGCAAACGAAGCUAUCGAGAGGCUUGUAAAGAGGGAUGUGAAAUAUCGUUUUGUGAUAGACAUCGAGAAUUCCCUUAAGUGAUACUUUCAGACGAGGAUUGAAGUUAAGUUAUGUAUGUUUGAUUUAGAGAUGCUGAUAUACAUUGAAUAAGGCCUCUUUGUUAUGUUGGAUGAAUUAGAGUAUACCAAUUUAUUGAGCAUAGAUUUUUAAUAUAGAUUCAGCAUAGUAUUACAAGUUCUUUGAGACAUUUAUAAUGAGUUCAAUAGUUUAAGCAAUGCUUUAAGAUGGUUGUGUUAUGUAAAGCAUUUUGUUUAUAUUCAUUAAAUAUAUGCUUACUCCAUUAAUUUUCGGU